UGAGGCCGAGUGCGGUCUGGGGACCCCAGGGCUGGCCUGAGUCACGCACGCCCUGGCCCUACUGACCCCCAGCCCUGCGGUACCGAGAUCAGGAGUGGGAAGCACAUGGUCGGCGGGAGGGAGGAAGCAAGCGCCUGCCGAGCCAGGAAGCUGUUUCCAUGGCAACGGGGGGGGGUCUCAGCUCAUUAGAGGAAUGUCUUCCCAGCAGGGACUGCCCCGCCCAGAGAGCUGGGGAAGCCCCCGUUCGUUCGGUCCUGGGGCCCGGAGUUUCGGGUCGGGCAGGAAGGGGUUAACGGCAGUCCCCCUUCGAGUUUCACCUGCGCUCCAAAGUCUCUCGUUCCGCAGUACUACCCCUCCCCCCCCCCGCAGCGCUCCAGCGGCUGCCCCCGCGCGCUCACGUACGCUUACAGCUACCCCACCCCCGGCUUGUACUCGCACGCACGACCGCGUCGGGCUCCACGCACGCAGCGAACUCCUUCGUGUCUCACGUCACGAACGACGCACGCGCCCCCGCAAUGCGGGGUGGAGUCCUCCCAGAGGAGAGUCACAGACAGCGACAGUGGUGCGCAUGUCGAUUCCUCCACUGAGUUGGCUGUCUGGUGUGACUUUGACACCCCCAUCCACAUACAAGGUCACAAACAAUUCUGACCCACAGUGUCACGGACACAGGAUACACCUGCUGCACUGUAGCAGAAACCCCUGUUCUGUUAAGCCCUUCGAACAUGGACAGGGUCACACAGUCACACAGCCACUUAAACCUGGAAGCUGAGUUGCGCAGCACAUCGGCCAUAUAACGUGUGUAGUAGAUACACAAACAGUCGUAUGCACACACAGGCAUUUACAUAGCCAUAUGAACACACAGGCGUUUACAUAAUGGCCCAUCAUCAACGCUAGUGGAGCGGCCACUGUCUUGGGAUUUGGACAAGUACCUCUCACAUGUAAAUUGUGGCUGAGACACAAGGUAGAGACAGCCAUGUAUGUCAUCGCCGAGUUAUCACAGGCAACACGCAUAGAUACUUUGCUUGUUAAAGGGGUACGAUAAGCCAGGAGCUAUAAUAAGAGGGCAUUAUCACAGAAAAACAAUGGCCAGGAGUAAGUAGAGUGCCUAAUAAAAUAAUCCAUUUUUUCCACUCAGAAACACGGGUUCUACUGAGUUGUAGGUCACACCAAAGCAGCAGGGUGUGAUUACAGACAGAUCCUAACGCCAACCCGAGGCAACUAAGGGUCACACGUUUCUCAUACACAGAAUAAAUAACAGACUGACCCAAAAGAGGGGUCACAGUGAGGAGACUGUUGUUGGCACGGGAAGACAAAAUCAGAGCUGAACAAUCUCAGACACUGCUUAGACUAGACAAAGAAACACAAGGAGCGUGGAAUGAGGGCCCUGGUAAUCCUAACCUGGAGUUUUGUUUGUUUUUGAGACAGGCUCUCACUAUAUAAUCCUGGCUUGCCUGAAACUUGUUAUAUCCUCCAGUCUCCCCUUGGUAACAGAGAUCACCUGAUGUUUGACCUCCUAUGCUGGGAUUGAAGGCGGACACCACCUAGGCGGGCUAACCGUAUUUUUGGUUUAUUGUUUUUGAGACAGGGUGUCACUGUGUAGACCAGGCUUCCACCUCGAGCAUAGAAAGCCAAGUGCUGGGGUUGGGGAUUUAGCUCAGCGGUAGAGCGCUUGCCUAGCAAGCGCAAGGCCCUGGGUUUGGUCCCCAGCUCUGAAAAAAAAGAAAAAAAAAAAAAAAAAAAAAAGAAAGCCAAGUGCUGGGAUUUCAGGCAAACACCGUGAGACAUCCUUUUGUUUUCCCUUCCCAGGUGUAAAGAUUACAAGUCCACGAAGUUCAGCUGUUUUUUCAAGUUUCUUUUUCAGGUUCAUUGUGUGUGUGUGUGUGUGUGUGUGUGUGUGUGUGUGUGUGUGUGAGAGAGAGAGAGAGAGAGAGAGAGAGAGAGAGAGAGAGGGAGGGUUGGCCUACAUGAAUAUAUGUGCACCGCCAUAUAUGUGCCUGGUGCAAAUAUGUUGUAUACCCUGGUACUGGAGCUACGGAUGGAUGGCUCUGAGCCACCAUGUGCAUGCUGGGAACCAAAUCCAAACUAGGUCCUCUGCAAGAGCAACAAGUGACCUCAUCUGCUGAGCCACCAUUCCAGCCCUACACCCAUCUUUUUUUUUUUUUUUUCCGGAGCUGGGGACUGAACCCAGGGCCUUGCGCUUGCUAGGCAAGAGCUCUACCACUGAGCUAAAUCCCCAACCCCCACCCAUCUUCUAAACUUGUGUAUAUGCACAGACUGAUGUGCUGAACUUCCUGACAGCCAUCAGAUCACACUCAUACACUCAGCUGUACAAACUCCAGGAUCCCAAGACACAAGUGGAGGCUAAGCCAAUCACAGACCCACCACCUUCCUCCUACACAGACAGAAGCACAUUUCCCUUGGACUUGGAUACUCAGUGUGUGGGGUGGAGCAGCAAGGGAGCUCCAGCAGAACCCCAGUAACUGGGUGCAGGGAGCUUGGCAGAGGAGUCACAAUGGCAACAGAACAUGGAAUUCACACAGGAUUUUGCAUACUCGUAGGGGUGGGUGGGUGCUGUCCUCUGGUUGUGGAACCAGGGUCCCCAUCACAGCUGUGAUGACUGGCUCAGCAUCCAGAUGUGCAGGCUGAAGGGGAUGGGCUGGGGUCCAGCUGUGGCCUUAGGGAGGGGCUGAGUCACUCACUUCCCAGCAGUACAACCCAGGCUGGAUCCAGCUGUUCCUGGAAACAAGUAGGAGGUGGGGUCCCCAAACCAGCUCGAGGUUACUGAUCCAAACUUGCAGAGCAGGGACUAUAAAUGGAGUCUUUCAGAUUUCUGCAAACUUUUGAGGUUCCCUACACCUAAAAUGGGUUAGCCUCCUCCUAAAUGCAAGGUCAGUCUCAAAGGAAGGAUUUGUAGCUCUUUUUUACAGAAUUAAAGGCACUUAUAUCCAGAGCAUUGCUCCUUGGUUGUAAAAAGAGAUUGCCUUGGGGUUGGGGAUUUGGCUCAGUGGUAGAGCGCUUGCCUAGCAAGCACAAGGCCCUAGGUUCGGUCCCCAGCUCCGAAAAAAAGAAAAGAAAAAGAAAAAAAAAAAAGAGAGAUUGCCUUGUUGCCAACAUAAAAGCUUACUUUUCUUCCCCCUAAAAGGUGCGACUCCCUGCUGACCCUGUGGGAGGUUAUAAUUCUUUCCCCAGGAGAAAGUGAAGUUUUUGUGUUUAUUCAUUCAGUAUUUAUUUCUUUAGAUAUAGGGUCUCUCGAAUGUGGUCCUUGCUACCAUGGAACUCAAUAUGUAGCCCAAGCUGGCCUCAAACUCACUGCAGUCCGUCUGUUUGCUUGUUUGUUGUUUUCUGAGACAGGGUCUGUGUAGCCCUGAAUGGCCGGGAAUUCUCUCUGUAGACCAGGUUAGCCUCAUACUCAGAGAUCUACCUGCCUCUGCCUCCCAGCUUCAUUUAAAAUUGUGACUUCUUGAACAUCUGGACAGCUGCAAUAUUACAUCAACAUUGGAACAACUUAAGUCACCCAUACCUGGAUCCUCAGAUUUCCCCUAAACUUCAAAAAUCUCUCCUCAUUCUUGUAACAAUCAUGGUUCCUAGCAACAGUGUGUGUGUGUUUGUGUGUGUGUGUGUGUGUGUGUGUGUGUGUGUGUAGGACAGCAUAACUUCCUUUCCACUCUUGUGGAUGUGGGAUGGGGGAGCCACUUGGCAGCUCCAAUGUCCAGUCCAGCCCGGAAGCACGUUCCUCUCUAUACCUUUCCACAGGACCUCAGGGACUGGAAUCUGGUAAACAGGGCAUGAGGGGUUGUGGAAGUGUGAAUCAGCCUCCCAGGCUCUCUGGUGUGUGCAGUUGAGUGUUUGAGUGGGUUACAACCGAGUAUCUGUAGUAGAUUAACAACUCUCUUGUAAGAUAGAGGGCGGGUGGCUGAUGUCGCUGGACUCACGCAACCAGGACAGGGUCACUGGACUGGAUCCCGGCUCAUUGCCUGAAUGGAAGCAGAACAUUACCCCCCCCCCUUCCGACCUGAACCCGCCCCAAAGCAAAGCCGGCUCCACUCCUCCCUCUGGGCACAUUUAAUAGCCUCUAAUUACAGCAUAUUACCCCACCCGCCUGCGGGGGAGGGGCUUCCAGUGGACCCAGGGGUCAAAGGGCGCGGUCUGGGCUUUACCUCCCCUCCCCCACCCCACCCCUCACCCUCUCCCUCCAGGCGUCAAAGCCGGUGUACUUUGUAGCCCCUAUUUACUCAUUUGCAAAACGGUGGAUUUUCAAAAAAAAUAAAUAAUACAGUUUCUAAAAAUUAAGAAAACAAAACCUGGGAAUUAAAGAAGCCCUUGACUCCUAGGGUCGUGGAGGACAUUCAAUUGUCUGUAGAUAUAUAGCUUAAUGGAAAGCCUGGAAACAGUGAGCACACCACAAAUGAUGUCUUGAGACUUUAUUGUCAAAAAAAUCUAAGCUCUGCGCUCACCUAAAGCCGGCUCAACCGGUGGACGCACCCUUUUCCCAGAAGGAUGCGUUCCUGUGUUCUGUGCGCCCCCUGGUGGGCUUCAAGCUACCCGCAGCUUUGGACUGGUCAAGUGUUUUAAGACAGGAAGGUGCUCAAAGCACCCGGGGCCGGGAAGGAGCAGCAUAGCUCAGAGGAAGAAGACCCCAGGCUGGGCAAGUGCGCAUGUCCUUUACUCAGACUAUCUGCCUGCUUGACCCUAUCUGCUCCCAACCAUACCCGCGUCUUCUGAAGGACUCCAGAAUCACUUCUCUAGGGAAGACUCAAAAAAAAAAAAAUCCUCUCACUCCACGACUACAGGAUUUAUUAAUCUUUCAGCCCACAUAAAGAAAGGCUCAGAUCAUAACGCGGCUAAACCGGAGGAUUUCUUUGAGCUCUGGGGGAAAGCCAUGAGCGUGCCUGUGAAACUGGGUGCGGUAGAUCCGCCUUAAAAGGAUCUUGAGGACCACGCCACCACAUAAAGAGAAGUCGCGAGGAGCGGAGGCCACUACUCUCCUUUACCAGCAGGACUGAGCUGAGCCACACUGACACCUAGCGGCACAAGUUGCAGACGUUUCAAGUUUCGCCCCCCUGUGCCAGUCCCCAGGACCUGAGCAGCGGACUCGCCAUAGCCCAUGUGCUGAAUCAGAUAGACCCUUCCUGGUUCAACGACGCAUGGCUCCAAGGCAUCUCAGAGGACCCGAGUCCCAGCUGGAGGUUGAAGGUCAGGAAGCUGGAGAGGAUCCUACAGAGCUUGGUGGAAUACUCAAAGGAUGUUCUGGGGCACCCUGUGUCACAUCAGCAUCUUCCAGAUGUGAGCCUCAUCGGCGAGUUCUCAAACCCCGCAGAACUCGGCAAACUGCUUCAGUUGGUACUGGCCUGUGCUAUCAGUUGUGAGAAAAAGCAGGAGUAUAUCCAAAGAAUUAUGAUGCUGGAGGAAUCUGUUCAACAUGUUGUGAUGGAAGCCAUCCAGGAGCUCAUGACCAAAGACACACCUGAUUCCCUGUCACCAGAGAAUUACGGGAACUUUGAUACACAGUCCCGCAGGUACUAUUUCCUGAGCGAGGAGGUGGAAGAGGGUGGCGAUCUUCAGCAACACUACCUGGAUCUGGAGCGGCAGCUUGUGCUCCUUUCAGAGGAGAAGCAGAGUCUGGCACAAGAGAAUGCUGCCCUACGGGAGAGGGUGGGCCGGUCGGAAGUGGAGAGUGCCUCAGGCCUCACCGCCAAGAAGCUGUUGCUUCUGCAGUCACAGCUAGAACAGCUCCAGGAGGAGAAUUUCAGGCUGGAGAGUAGCCGGGAAGAUGAGCGGCUACGCUGCGUGGAACUGGAGCGUGAGGUCGCUGAGCUGCAGCAACGGAACCAAGCCCUGGCCAGCUUAUCCCAGGAGGCGCAAGCGCUGAAGGAUGAGAUGGAUGAGCUCCGACAGUCCUCCGAACGUGCAAGGCAGCUGGAGGCCACUCUGAACAGCUGCCGUCGUCGCCUGGGUGAGCUCCAGGAGCUCCGGCGGCAGGUGCGGCAGCUGGAGGAGCGAAAUGCAGGGCACGCGGAGCGCACGCGGCAGCUGGAGGAUGAGCUGCGCCGGGCCGGAUCCCUGCGUGCCCAGCUCGAGGCUCAGCGCAGGCAGAUGCAAGAGUUGCAGGGCCAGUGGCAGGAGGAGGCCAUGAAGGCUGAGAAGUGGCUGUUCGAAUGCCAAAACCUAGAGGAAAAGUGUGACCUGUUGACAAAAGAGAAGGAGCGGCUGUUGACUGAGAGGGACUCCCUGAGGGAGACCAAUGAGGAGCUCCGAUGUGCCCAGUUGCAGCCCAGGGGAUUGAAUCAGGCUGGCCUCUCCCUGGAUCCUACCCCUUCUGGCCUGGAGAACUUAGCAGCAGAGAUCCUGCCUGCAGAGCUCAGAGAGACACUCGUGCGGCUUCAGCUGGAGAACAAGAGACUGUGCCAGCAAGAGGCUGCGGACCGGGAGCGACAGGAGGAACUGCAGCGCCACCUGGAGGAGGCCAACCGUGCACGCCAUGGGCUGGAAGCGCAGCAACGGCUGAACCAGCAGCAGCUUUCUGAGCUGAGGGCCCAGGUGGAAGAGCUACAGAAGGCCUUGCAGGAGCAGGGGGGCAAGACAGACGACCCCACCCUGCUGAAGCGGAAGCUGGAGGAUCAUCUGCAGAAGCUGCAUGAGGCUGAUCUGGAGCUUCAGAGGAAACGGGAAUACAUUGAGGAGUUGGAGCCUCCCACGGACAGCAACACAGCUAGGCGGAUCGAGGAGCUGCAGGACAGUCUGCAGAAGAAGGAUGCAGACCUGCGGGCCAUGGAGGAACGAUACCGCCGCUACGUGGACAAGGCACGCACGGUCAUUCAGACCCUGGAACCCAAGCAGAGGCCACCCAGUGUGGUGUCCCCAGAAUUCCAUACUCUAAGGUCACAGCUCUGGGAGCGGAACAUGCGAAUACGGCAGCUGGAGAUGGACUAUGAGAAGAGUCGGAGUCGGCAGGAGCAGGAGGAAAAGCUGCUCAUCAGUGCCUGGUACAGCAUGGGCAUGGCCUUGGAGCAUCGGGCUGGGGAAGAGCAUGCCCCUGCCCAUGCCCAGUCCUUCCUGGCACAGCAAAGACUGGCCACCAAUGCUCGCCGAGGACCCCUGGGGCGCCAGGCAUCUCUGAGCCUUCGCCCCACUGACAAGCACUGACAGACCUCGACUUCCUGCUGCCUGCUGAAGUCUUCCAGUUUACAUUUACCCAGGCUGGGGCUUUGACCUCGAUGGAGACUGACUUCUGCCCUCUGCUUCCUUAGAUGGGAGAGAAGGGGAAGGCAGGUGGCAGGUGUAGGACUAUUCCUUUUAGCAAUGUGAUUCUUCUUGAUUCUUCUCCUGGGCCUCAUGUACUACCUGGGAAGAGCCUGAUUUUAUAUUUGAAAAAAAAAAUAAAGACUUUAAAUCUGUCUUGAA